AAUCGUCAUACACAAUAUAUAUCCACAUGCACGCAAAAACACACACACGCACGUACACAUCGCAAGUACACACACAUACACACACACAUUCAUAUACCAAUAACACUGCACGCUCGCGAACAAACGCACACCGGCCACUUAUCAUCGAUCCGCCGCCGCGUGUUAUCGUGCGCCGAUAACGUAUAUAGUGCUAUAUAAGAUAAUUUAACUGCGAAUAAAAUAUUAUUAUAAACUAUUAUACAUAGGCAGAGUACUAACAAUAAAUAAAAUAAAAAUUCGGUUUUUGGAAUUUUUUGAGUUUCGUUCGUUUUUCGGGAUUGUUGUUCGAUUCUCGCGUCGUCGUCGUUUUCCUCGGUCAGCGGGAAUUUGAGUUUUUUUCCGCCUGUAUUUGGUUUUAAAAUAAAAUAAUUUUCUCGUAUUCUUCGCCCGGGAAAUAAUCGGUUUGCUUUUUUUCGUGUGGUUUUUUUUAACAUGUAUGCGUCAGGCGACGCAUCCGCCUAGGACCCUCGGUGAUCGCCACCAACAGUCCUUGCAACUCCAUCACUACCAUCACAAACACUACCGACGACAACGAUGAACGCGAUGACAACGGCACUGCUGUUGACAGUCGCAUGUUCGUUGCUGACUGUCGUUCCGGCCGCGUCUGGUUACAGGGCGGUUCGCACUUCCGGUCCGCUACCGGUGACCGUGCACGUCCGAUCCGGUGGUGUAGUUGCCGGCAGUUCAACUACCAAUAGAACUUCAGCCGGCGGAAUCGUCUUUCCGGCGUCGGUGGCGUCGUUGCCGACGAUGACAACCACAACGACCACCACGUCCACGUCCACCGCGGCUGUGGCGUCGGCUGCCAACGCUGCAGCGGCUGCUGCCGCCGGGUUUACAUCGUUCUCAACCAGCAGUUCGGCUUCCAACUACACCGCCUCCCGGAAUCAAACGAGAUCCGAACGACUUAGAGCCAGAGAACAAUACUUAUUCAACGUAUUCGAAGUGAUCGUUUCUACACUGGAGACGAAACUCCAGAGAAUAGAAAACCUAGAUAAAGCCGUCGAGCACCUCAUGCGUCGAGUAGAAGCACUGGAUUCGCGAGUGACCAACAACAUCGACAAGACGGAAGCGGUGAUCGGAAAGUUGCGAUCGUUGGACACCAAGCUAUUCCAGAAGGAACCCGGCACCCUUGGUCACCAUCUUGAGACUAAGCUAACGACAUUGGACCGCAAGGUUGGCGACAUUGACACUAAGUUGGCCGGGCUGAAGAGUCAGCUGGAUAACAACUUUCUGGGACCCGCCGAUGACAUCAACGCUGAAGCGAGUGAAAAAAAACCCGUGAACGUCCACCACCUGGACGUGUCCAAGCUGCUAAACACUCAGAUGGACAACAUUCGAAGCAAUACGGCCAAUAUCGACAGGAAGCUACAGUUCCACAUAAACAUGGUGUCGGACGGCCUGACCAAGAUCAUAAGUAUGGUGACGGACGUACACGGCGCCAUCGUUGAACAGGACAACCACCACGGUGGCGGUCGGUCCGGCGGCGGUAACACCGGCAACAAGACGACCACCACCACACCGGCGUCAGCACCGGAGCGGAGUAACAAGAUCGAUCAGCUGGUCAGACAGAUGCAUCCGAUACUGAGCGUAAGCGAGAAAAUGGACGAGGUGUGGAACGUGGUGGUCGGCACCAAGAGCUCGGUGGACGACCUGGUGCCCAAGUCCGACGAGCUACUGACUCAGACGCAGCGCCAGGAACGGGCCAUUAGCGAUAUACACGACGACCUGCGCAUGAACACCAACAAGAUCAUCGCCAAUCUGGACGUAGUGGAGCGCCGGCUGAAGAAACAGGAAGACGACGUGGUCACGUUGGCCCAGCGACCUGUGCCCGCCGAGAUGCUGCGCCUGGACCCGACCAUCGACGAUUACUCCCGAUACGACGAACAGCUGCAGUCCGAGUCCACGCCGCUUUCCGCCCCCGUGUCAUUCACCACUCCUACAAGUGUCGGCGGUAUCGGCGGUAUUGGCAGUCCUACGCCCGGUACGCCGCCGGAUGUCCAACUGACGUUUCAGACGUCCAGGAACGCACCCCAGAAGAACAGAGGAGUGGUGUUCCCAAGUGUCAAGAAUAAACCGCCACCGGCUAACAUCAGUUUCUUGACCGACCAAUUCAACCGCGAAGUCAAAGGAUUUUCGUGUUUAGACCUGUUGAACGCGGGCAUGAAGCAAUCCGGCGUGUAUUAUUUGCAAAUCCGAGGUACGGCCUACUGGUACCUGAAGGUGUACUGCGAACAGGAGAUUGCCGACGGAGGUUGGACGGUCAUACAAAGAAGGGACGAUAUUAGCGAUCCGAUACGUGAAAAUUUCAACAGGGACUGGACCGAUUAUAAAAAUGGAUUCGGUGACCCUACUAAAGAAUUUUGGAUGGGAAACGAAAAUAUUUACAUGCUGACCAGUAACGAUGAAUAUAUGUUAAGAAUUGAGUUGGAAGAUUUUGAAGGAAACAGAAGGUACGCUCAAUAUUCACAUUUCAAAAUUUACUCGGAAUCUGAAUAUUACAAGUUAGAGAUUGAUGGAUAUGAGGGCAAUGCUGGAGAUUCAUUGAAUGACCCGUGGUAUGGAAGCAAUAACAGUCCAUUCUCUACGUACAACAGAGACAACGAUAGAUCAAGCUUAAACUGUGCAUCUAUGUUGAAAGGAGGCUGGUGGUGGAAGUCUUGCGGCAGAGGACUCAACGGAUUGUAUUUAAAUGAUCCACAAGAUUUAACGGCCAGACAAGGUAUCGUGUGGUUCCGCUGGAGAGGAUGGGAUUACACGCUGAAGAAAGCGCAAAUGUUAAUCAAACCAAAGGUCACCGUCAUUCCACCAUUACCCGUUGUCAACGCUGUUUGAGGCGAAAAGGGGAUCGUCGCAUGUCAUAUAUUAUAUUAUAACGAAUAAAAUUGUAUUAAACAUUUGUGUUAAAAAAAAAAAAAAAACGAUAUAA